CCCACAGCAGAUCACCAUUUCACAAGCACGAUGACACUUGCACAAAUGGGUGUAAGCAGUGUACCUGAGUGCUACAUUCUCCCUCCAGCCGAACGCCCUACCCUUGAGCAGACGCCACCUUCUACCGUCAGUGCUUUGCCAGUCAUAGAUCUCUCCUCUUUAGAGAACCCGGUUCUUCAGCCACAUGUGAUUGAACAAGUGCAUACGGCAUGCAAGGAAUUCGGAGGUUUUCAGGUGAUCAAUCAUGGAAUUCCUGUUUCAUUAACGGAUCAGGCCCUAGAUGUUGCCGCAGAUUUCUUUGACAUGCCAAAUGACACAAAAAUGCAGUUUGCCUCUACUAAUGUUCAUGAACCUGUAAGGUAUGGGACAAGUUUAAAUCAAGUCAAUGAUAAAAUUCAAUAUUGGAGAGACUUCAUCAAACACUAUGCCAAUCCAAUUUCAACUUGGAUUGACUUGUGGCCAUCAGAGCCUCCAAGUUACAAGAAAAAAAUGGGAAACUAUGCCAAGGCUUUGCUACUUUUGCAUACAAAGCUAAUACAGAUAGUAUUUGAGAGCUUGGGUCAGCAAUCAGACUACUUACAGAAUGAUGUGGAGCAAGGUUCCCAAGUCAUAGCAGUGAAUUGCUAUCCUACUUGCCCAGAACCAAAUUUAGCACUGGGCCUGCCCCGACACUCAGACUAUGGAUUGUUAACAAUCAUACUCCAAGAUCAACAGGGUCUAGAAGUGAUGGACAGAAAUGAGAAUUGGCAGCCUGUUCCAUUAAUUGAAGGAGCGUUAGUGGUUCAGGUGGGUGAUCAAAUGGAAGUGCUAAGCAAUGGCCGAUACAAAAGUAUUGUUCAUCGAGCAACUGUGAAUUUAGAGAAAAAGCGUCUUUCCAUUGCUAGCCUUCACAGUCUGGCAAUAAACAGAAAAGUAACACCUGCUCCAGACCUAGUGGAUGAGCGACAUCCCUUGUCCUACAAAGAAGGCAGCUUCGAAGAUUUUCUGAACUUCCUUUCAGAUAAUGACAUCCUGGAAGGUAGAUACAUAGACACAUUAAGAAAAAAUUCAGACAGCAUUUCUGAAGCAAAAUGA